AUGGCCAGGCGCUACCUCGUCUUCACCGUCGUCGGCAUCGCUCUGCUUACGCUCGCUGGCCGCGUCUACUGGCCGCACGACCGGCCGUACCGUUCCAGCGACACGAGUUCCAGGAAUCCGCUUGCGCAGCACCCUCCGCUUCCGCCGCUAUAUGAAGCCUACCACGAGGCGGAGCUGCGUCUGCCGCAACACCAUUGGGAUCAGAGGCGUCCGCGGGAAGAGGAGAAAUUCCUAUUUGUUGCAGGCCAUUCGCGCAGUUGCGGGUGGGGAAACGCCAUGCAGGAGCUGCUUUUGAACGCGUACAUGGCGUAUAAAUCAGGGAGAUCAUUUGUAUUUUCCAAUUACACCUGGAACCCCGACGGCUCGAAAUAUUCGGACUAUAAUGGGAAGAAGAUCCCGUCAUUGAUACCGUUCUCUGCACUGAUAGCAGGUCCUAUUGUUGGCGAUAAAUUUCCUGAAGGUGAUCACACACCGCUGGCUGUGCACAGAGAUUACUUUGACGCUAUGUGCCCGGACAAGGUGACCUUCAUCCGAGAGGACAUCUCCGAGAUCAUCAGUUUCAAGAACUCGGCGAAGGAAAUCACGGAUGGGUGGCAUGACAAGCUCGCGGGCGUAAAAGAUCAAUGCGUGCAAACGGCCAUAAACUCGGGCCAGAUCUACAACUUCGACGUCUUCGGCGACCCCCGCGCGAUGCUAGACAUCUGGCCCGAGCUCUCCACCUCCCCCAUCCUCACCCACUUCCGCUGGUCCCCCCUCGUCGAGCUCGCCUUCGACACCAACCGCGCCUUCUUCCUUCCCGCAACCUCCGCCGAGCCCUACACCUCGCACCAGCCGCACCUCACCAACGCCGAGCGGUACCCCGUCAUCCCGGGCCUCAUGGCGCUCCACGUCCGGCGCGGCGACUUCGGGGAUCACUGCCGCUUCCUCGGGAGCUUCGCCGCCGACUACGCCGCGUUCAGCGCGCUCCGCGGCCUGCCCGACCGCUUCGCCCCGCCGCGCACGGGGAACGCAGAGGCGGACGCGGACGUGCACCGCUCUCAUUGUUACCCGAGCGUGCGCGAGAUCGUGGCGCGCGUAAGGGAGAUAAGGGCGAGCGCGGCGGGGCAGGGCCUGCAGAGGCUGCAUAUCAUGACGAAUGGCGACGGGGUUUUCAUUGCGGAGCUGCGCACGGCGCUGGGGCGCGACCAAGAUUGGAAGAUGAUCACGAGCAGCAGGGACCUGUCGCUCAAUUGGGAGCAGAAGUACGUCGCGCAGGCGGUGGAUAUGCUCGUCGGGCAGCGAGCGCAGGUGUUGAUCGGGAAUGGGUUCUCGACGAUGACGUCGAAUAUCGUCACGAUGCGUAUGGCGAAUCGGAUCCGGCCAGACAGUACGAGGUUUUGGUGA